AUGGUGGUGCAAAGACUGUGGUUGAACUUUGGCGCUGCAUAUCACAACGCCACAGCUGUGGCUGCACAAGGUAGCAGCGACUCCAGCCACAACGGGUUCAUUGUGGUGGAACACGCAAGCCAGCAUGUGCCUGAGGAUGUGGUGCGCGCAGCUUCUCGACGAUGGAAGGCGUUCAUGCGGCUCGCGCCAACGUUUGAGCAGCACACCCAGGCGUUUACUCGCGACCGCGCGAUCGUCAUCAGUGGUGGCGGGUACCAGCUCGAGUUCGUGUUCGCCAGCGUCCGCCUGCUUCGCCUAUACGGGUGCACCCUCCCGAUUGAGUUGUGGGUGAGCAGUGUUCGCGGUGAAGUGCCCUCCGUUACCCAGCGCCGUGCACUGGAACAAAUUGGGGUGGAGGUGAUGGAUUUGGACGCAUACGCCGGCGUGUUUCCAGAGUUGGCGGAGCAGAUGCACCCUUCAAAGCCGAGCACCAAGCCAUACAUUCUCAAGCAGCUAGCGCUUGUCUCCUCAAACUGCCGCCAGUGUUUGCUGCUCGACGCUGACAACGCAGCUGUGCGCGACCCAACCUACCUCUUUUCCGACGAGAACUUUGUGCGCACGGGCCAUCUUCUCUGGCCAGACUUUUGGCACAUGCGCACUGGCCCGGCGUCCAUCCGCGCCAUAUUUGGGCUGAACGACGACUGGGCCAGCACGAGCCCAUGGGACGUCAGGACGGUGGAAUCAGGGCAGAUGGUCGUCGACAAGGCCCGUGCUUGGCGCACACUCAUGCUGUCCGUUUACAUGCAGCUGCAAACCGAGUUCUUCGACAACCAAAUGAGAGCUCUACAUCAUUUAGGUGGCGGCGGUGACAAGCAAACGUUUCUGAUUGGAUGCCUUGCCACCAACUCAUCGUGUCACAUUAUUGACCACCCAGUCGCUUCGGCUGCACGAAUUAUUGAUGGCACUUUCUGCGGCCGCGCCAUGGUGCAGCUUCUUGAUCAACAAGACGUGUGCACAGAUUAGUUAGAAUGCAUGGUCAUCCUUGUCAUCAUCAUCACCGUCCCUCUUGUGAAAGUCGUUGUUACGCUUGCAGUUGUUCGAUAUGUGUAUUACCCCCUUCCUCAACCCGACACUUGUGUCAUGAUUUCCCUUCCCUUUCCCUCGACAUCCCGCCAAAGUGAUGCAAGCAUGCUGUCGGUGUCGCUGCGCUGAGCCCACCCAACGUUACAAUUCCCUUGUCAUACAUAAUAUGUGAAACCAUAAACAGCAUGGAA